AUGCGCACAGUCUCGCUGCUGGCAGCAGCACUCGCAUUCGCGUCCGUGGCCAUGGCCGCACCCAUCCCAGGCGACGACGAUACCACCACUCCACCCGCCGCCGCGGCCACCGACAACCCCGUCGUUGACGUUAUCUGGUCCACUGCCCCCCACUCGUUCCUCGUCUCGACCGAGACACCCAUCGUCGGCGAGGAGAUUGCCCUCUCAUGGAGCGGCGGCGUCGCCCCAUUCAACAUCUCGGUCGACUCUUAUCAGCCGACGUCGACCGUCGGCCAGCGCGUCGUCGAGGCCUGGCGCGAACCCUCCAUGAUGGUCCACAACAAGUGGACCGCCAACGGGUCAAAUACAUCUUGGGUCGCAAACGUUCGCCCCGGGACAACCCUUAUCUUCAAGGUCACCGGCGCUGACGGUGCAUCGUCCGUCGUCCCGCCCGAGUCUGAAAACAAGGCUGGCUACUACGUCGUCAGCCAGUAG